AGUAUGUGGUUAUGCCAUUUGGUGUGACUAACGCUCUUGUCUUGUUCAUGGAUUAUAUGAACAAGAUUUUUAUGUCCAUUCUAGAUAAGUUUGUGGUGGUCUUCAUAGACGACAUACUUAUCUACUCCAAAUCUUAUGAAGAGCAUGAGGAGCAUUAAAGGACAAUGUUAGGCAUCUUGAGGGAGAAACAGUUGCAAGCUAAGUUAUCUAAGUGUGAAUUCUAGAUAGAAGAAGUGCAAUUCUUAGGCUAUGUUAUAUCAAAACAAAAGUGGUGUUGGAGUGGGAGCGAUCAAAGCCUAUGACCUAGAUAAGGAGUUUCAUGGGUUAGGCUGGUUAUUAUAGAAGGUUCAUUAAAAGAUUUUCCAAGAUAGUAAUGCCUAUGACAUAGUUAACCCGAAAAGAUAAGCCUUUUUGCAUGGACAGAUAGAUGUGAGGAGAGUUUCCAAGAGUUAAAGAAAAGGUUUACUAGUGCACCAAUGUUAGUAAUUCCUAACACAAGUAAAUCUUUUGAGGUCUUUUGUGAUGCAUCAUACCAGGGUUUGGGUUGCGUGCUUAUGCAAUAAAAGAAAGUGGUGGCAUACGCUUCAAGGCAAUUAAAGGUUCAUGAGAAGAAUUACCCCACUCAUGAUAUAGAGUUAGCAGUGGUGAUGUUCGCCUUGAAGAUAUGAAGAUACUACAUGUAUGGUGCUCAGUUUCAAGUACUUGUUUGAUCAAAAGGAUUUAAACAUGAGGCAGAGGCGAUGGUUAGAAUUUUUAAAAUAUUACGAUUUUGGGCUUUUAUAAAAUCUGGGAAAAGCUAAUGUGGUUGCAUAUGCUUUAAGAAGAAAGGCAAUGCAUGUGUCUUAUAUAAUGGUCAAACAACUUAGGCUAGUGGAGAGGUUUAGAGGCAUGCAGUUGCAGGUGGCUAUGGGAAAAAAAUGUCAUUAGAUUUAGUCACAUGACAAUAUCUAGUGAUUUCUUGAGUUUGGUUAAAGAUAAACAAUUGUUAAACCUGGUUUACAGAAGAUUAUGAAGUUUAUUAGAUUUGAGUCGGCUAAAGAUUUUGUGAUGAGUAUUGUUGAGGUUUUGAAGUUUAAAAACAAAUUUCGUAUUCCUAAUGAUGUCAAAUUGAAGAGGUUGGUUUUAAAAGAAAGUAGUUGUCUGAGUAUUCAUUCUGGUAUGAACAAGAUGUAUCAAGAUUUAAAGGAUUCUUUCUGAUGGUCGGACAUGAAGCGUGAUGUGGCUCAGUUUGUAGCAUCCUGUUUGAAGUGUCAAGGGGCAAAGGUUGAACAUCAAAGACCUGAAGGGAUGUUACAACAAUUGGAGGUGCCAUAAUGGAAAUGGGAUAGCAUAGCUAUGGACUUUUUUACCCAUAUGCCAAGAUGAGUAGGAGGUCAUGAUGCGGUUUGGGUGAUAAUGGAUCGGUUAAAAAAGAGUACACAUUUUCUAGCGGUUAAUCAACAAAUGUCAAUGGUCAAAUUGGCACAGUUAUAUAUUAAGGAAAUAAUAAUAUUGCAUGAUGUACCUUCAAGUAUUGUGUCAAACAAAGACCCUAUAUUUACUUCUAGAUUUUGGCAAAGGUUGCAACAGUCUUUGGGUAGUAGGCUGAGAAUGAGUUUUGCCUGUCAUCCUUAGACUGAUAGACAAUAAAAAAGAACGAUUCAGUCACUUGAAGAUUUGUUGAGAACUUAUGUACUGGAUCCUAUGGGUGGAUGGAAUGAAGAGUUACCUUUAGUGGAGUUUACCUAUAAUAACAGUUAUCAUGCUAGCAUUAAGAUGGCUCCAUACGAGGCACUAUAUAGUAGAAGGUGUAAAACCCCUUUAUGUUGAUAUAAAGAUGGUGAGGUAGUUUUGGUCAAGCUAGAAUUGUUGAAGCAAACUACAGAUAAGGUGAGGAAGAUACAACAGAGGAUGAAGGCGUCUUAGAGUCGACAAAAGUCUUAUGUGGAUCAGAGGAGGAAACCUUUGGAGUUUGUAGUGGGGGAGCAUGUUGAGGACCAUAGUGUGGGAAGAGUUAUUCACUUGAGGAAACUAUCUCCUUAGUUUAUUGGUCCAUAUCUUAUUUUGAGAAGAAUUGGACUGAUAGCUUAUGAAAUUGCUUUGCCUCCUCAAUUAGCUAAUCUUCAUCAAGUUUUCCAUGUCUCUCAGUUGAGAAAGUACAUGCCUAAUUCAUCUCAUGUAUUGGAUGUUGAGAAUUUUGAAGUUAAGGAAGAUCUUUCGUUAGAGGUGUUGCCUGUUAGUGUUGUGGAUCGCCAAACGAAAUCGCUUAGAAGCAAAUCCAUCAGUUUAGUCAAGGUAGUCUAGGAUGGGAGAACAUGUGACUUUACUUGGUAGUUAGAGGAAGAUAUGAGGAAGUUAUAUCCACAUUUAUUUUUUGGUAAGUUCAAUUUUCAAAGUCAAAUAUUUUUGUUGUUGAGGAAAAUGUAACACCCUAAAAUUUUCGAGGUCGAGUAUUAGAUGCAGUAGAAAAAAAAAAAUCAAGUAUUAGAUGCAGUAGAGUGUUCUAAAUAAUGAUACUCAAUUAUUUUAAUUCAAAAAAUAUCAAAAGUAUAAAUAUAAUUUUCUAAUAAGGAGUUUUAUUAUCUAAAAAGAUUUAUCUCUCUAAAACUCCUUUCUUUAAAAUUCUUUUGCCUUCUAUCUAGAAAUUCUAACUUCCUACUCGUUUAUCUGAAAAAUCAGAGACUACCUUAAGGAUAUUUGAGGAGAAAUCUUCAUUCCUAGCCAAUUGAUUUCAACUAAAGAGUAAAUUGAUUUUCACCCAUUUCCUUAAAAUGUGGUAUCUUUGCAUGUAGGUUUCUUCUCCACUCUUUUGGGGUCUGAGUAUUCAAUAAGACUCUUUGGUUAUCAGUGGUACUAAGGGUAUACUUUGUUCAAAUUGUUAUGUAGGAGCAAAUAAAGUAUCAACCAAUGGUGUGGAUGGCUUAUUCCCGUUGGUGUUGGUUCCCACUGUACAUUGCAGCCUCAAUAGCUCUUGGAAUAAUCGCCAUAUCCUCUGCAAUUCGUUCAUCUGAAUCCAAGAACUCAAGCCAAGAAGCCAUACCCAUACACCAUGAUAUCUCUCUCAAUGCUUCCAACGCUCUCCGAAGAGCAGGCUUCCUUCUAAUGGCAGACCUUCUCCACCACUCUCCUUCCUUCUUCAAACCGCCCCAAAACUCAACCAUCUUCGCUAUCAGAGACUCCGCCAUCAGAAACACCUCACACCCUCUCUGGUUCCUCAAAACCCUCCUCCUCUAUCACACCACCACCGCCUCCUCCUCCAACCCCUUCUCCUUCCACGACCUCCUCAACAUGUCCCAAGGAACCUGCCUCACCACCCUCCUCCGCCACAAAAACAUUUCCCUCACCAAGGUUGACCCUGCAACAAACUCCGUCGAGAUCAACAACGUCUUGAUAUCAAACCCUAACAUCUUCCUCGGAGACCAACUAGCCGUGCAUGGCGUUCUUGCACCCUUCUCCCCCUUGCACCCGCAAGACCUUCUUCAACGGGGUUUGGAUUUCUUCAUUCGACCCCCCACUUGUUCUUCCAACGACUCCCUUUCCAAGAACGGGGUUCGGUGGAACCGCGUUGUUCACUUGCUCCGUGCAAAAGGGUACGCUUCCUUCUCCGUUGCACUGCGUUCGGUUCUUGAAGAAAUAAAGAAAGAUCAUUCAGGUAGUUUGGGUUUUGCUACCAUCUUUGCUCCUCCUGAUUUCAUGUUGAUUGGCCCCAACCCUUCGACUUUGCUUCAUAGAGCUGUGAGGCUUCAUAUUCUUCCCGAGAGGUUUCGUUACGAAGAACUCGCUUCUCUUCCGGUUAGGACUCUCUUGAAGACGCUCGUGCCUGAUGAGCUUCUUGAGAUUGAUGGGAUUCUGGAUUUCGCGCCUGGCAUGUUCGUUAAUGGUGUUGAGAUUGUGGCACCUGACAUGAUCACUUCCGAGAACUUCGUGGUUCAUGGGAUUUCUAAAGCUUUUGAAAUGACUGAAUACUCAUUCUCUGAUGAAGACGAUGAUAUCAGCGACAGCUCUUUCUCUAAGGAAAAAUCAGUUAAAAAGGUGAACGAAUAUUUUGAAGACAGUGGAUCUAGUGGAAAAACCUGGCGUUAUUACAUACGGGGAUCCAAGCUAAAUUUGGAUGAUGCAGAAAAAGAUAUUGAAGAGUUGAACAGUGAUGAAGGCGUAUUUUCUGAAGAGGGAUGAAAUGACUAUUGAAUGCAUGAUUGUACCAACAGAGGGUUGAAAUUCUCAAUUCAAUCUUUUCAACAAGUUUCCUUCUUAUUCGGUGUGUACAAAAAACAUUGUCUAUGUUUUGUAAAUUUGUUCUCAAUCAACGUUUAUGUUUGAUGUAUGAGGUUAUCA